AUGGAUGACUUCUCCUUCUCCCGCUCCGGCACGCACCAGCCGCGCCGGCAGCGGCAAGCAGCAGGCGCGCGCGGUCCGUUCUCCACCGUGGACAACUCCGCCACCUCCUUCGCCACCACUACGCCUCGGGGGAUACUGCGGCGGCGCCGGGGCGGCGGCCUCGAGGACACGUCGUGGCAGAGCUCCGUGUCCUGGCAGCCGGACACGUCGUGGGCGCAGCCGCACGGCCUCGGCGCCGCGGUGGGGCCAUGGGCCCCCGCUGGGUCGGACGCCGCGUCGCGGCGCGGGCCGGCGCUGUUCCGCCGCACGGCCAGGGACUACUACCUGUCCAAACGCUCCAGCCGGAUGAUGUACCGCGACCGCUCGUCCGCGGCGCAGCAGUCCCGGUCCCGGUCCGUGGUGGCUGCCGGCGGCAACAAGCGGCUGGAGCUGCAGAGUGUCGUCACCGACGCCAGCCGCGCCAUCGUCGUCGCGCCCAACACCUCUUUCGCCAGUAACGACGACAUCGUCAGCACAGCCACCGCCGGUGGCCGAGGCGGCUCCGGGAACAACGCCAUGGUGAAGUACAGCGACACGUACAUGUCCCGCGAAGUUUCCUUCUCGCGCGACAACCACGACAAGCUCUACGUUCCGGCGCGGCGGGACCGGGGCGCGCCGAGCUUUGGCUACGACGUCAGCGUCACGUCCUACAGCCGGAGCCAGUACUACGACGGCGACGGCGGGGACGGGGACGAGGACGACUACGACUUCGACUUGUACGACGACGACGAGAUCGAGGUGAGGAUCGGGAAGCCUGUCAGCAUCGCCGGGCUGUUCAAGUACUCGGCGCCGCUGGACAUCCUCCUGCUCGUUCUUGGGUGCGUUGGCGCCAUGAUCAACGGUGGAUCUCUGCCCUGGUACUCGUACCUCUUCGGGAAUUUCAUCAACAAGGUUGUCAGCAGCGAUAAGUCGCAGAUGAUGAAGGACGUCAAGCAGAUCAGCUUUUACAUGUUGUUCCUUGCUGCCGCUGUUGUCAUAGGAGCGUAUCUUGAGAUCAUGUGCUGGAGGAUGAUCGGCGAGAGGUCGGCGCUGCGUAUGCGGCGGGAGUACCUCAAGGCGGUGCUGAGGCAAGAGAUCGGCUUCUUCGACACGGAGGUGAGCACCGGCGAGGUGAUGCAGAGCAUCUCCAGUGAUGUCGCUCAAAUCCAGGACGUCAUGGGAGACAAGAUGGCAGGAUUUGUGCAUCAUGUCUUCACCUUCAUCUUCGGCUACGUGGUGGGCUUCAUCAAAUCAUGGAAGAUUGCUCUCGCCGUCUUCGCCGCGACACCCGUGAUGAUGUCCUGCGGCCUCGCCUACAAGGCCAUCUACGGCGGCCUCACCGCCAAGGACGAGGCGUCGUACAAGCGCGCCGGCAGCGUGGCGCAGCAGGCGAUCAGCUCGAUCCGAACAGUGCUCUCCUUCGUCAUGGAAGACCGGCUGGCCGACAGGUACGCCGAGUGGCUCAACAGGGCGGCUCCCAUCGGCAUCAAGCUGGGGUUCGCCAAGGGCGCCGGCAUGGGGGUCAUCUACCUGGUCACCUACUCCCAGUGGGCGCUGGCGCUGUGGCUCGGCUCGCGCCUGGUCGCCCGGGGUGACAUCAAGGGCGGCGAUGCCAUCGCCUGCUUCUUCGGCGUCAUGGUCGGAGGGAGAGGCCUGGCGCUGUCGCUGUCCUACUUCGCGCAGUUCGCGCAGGGCCGGGUGGCGGCAGGGCGGGUGUUCGAGAUCGUCGACCGGGUGCCGGACAUCGACGCCUACGGCGGCGGCGGCCGGUCGCUGUCGUCGGUGAGGGGGCGGAUCGAGUUCAAGGACGUGGAGUUCGCGUACCCGUCGCGGCCGGAGGCCAUGAUCCUGUACAACCUGAACCUAACCAUCCCGGCGGCCAAGAUGCUGGCGCUCGUGGGCGUCAGCGGCGGGGGCAAGUCCACCAUGUUCGCGCUCCUCGAAAGGUUCUACGACCCGACGCGGGGGAUCAUCACGCUGGACGGCCAGGACCUGUCGUCGCUCAACCUGCGGUGGCUCCGCUCGCAGAUGGGGCUGGUCGGGCAGGAGCCCGUCCUGUUCGCCACCUCCAUCGUCGAGAACGUGAUGAUGGGGAAGGAGAACGCGACGAGGCAGGAGGCCAUCGCCGCCUGCGCCAAGGCCAACGCGCACACCUUCGUCCACGGCCUGCCGGACGGCUACGACACGCAGGUCGGCGACCGCGGGACCCAGUUGUCGGGGGGACAGAAGCAGCGCAUCGCCCUCGCGCGCGCCAUCAUCCGGGACCCGCGCAUCCUGCUGCUCGACGAGCCCACCAGCGCCCUGGACGCCGAGUCCGAGGCCGUCGUGCAGCAGUCCAUCGAGCGCCUCUCCGUCGGCCGCACCGUCGUCGUCAUCGCGCACCGCCUCGCCACCGUCCGCAACGCCGACACCAUCGCCGUGCUCGACCGCGGGGCCGUCGUCGAGUCCGGCCGCCACGACGACCUCGUUGCUCGGGGCGGCCCGUACGCUGCCCUCGUCAAGCUCGCGUCGGACAGCGGCAGGUCGUCGUCUGACGGCGCCUCCGGCCCUGCCAGCAAAUUACCUGCAGCUCCUGCCGGCGGCGGCGCGACGGGGUACAACAGCUUCACCGACGACUCAGGCGUCUACGACGACGACAUUUUGUCGUCCGUAUCCAAGUCAAGGUACGGCGGAGGCGCUCGUCGGACGUUCCCCCGAGAAGAGGCGGAUGUUCGCGCAAAGACCAAGGACGACACCAGCGAUAGCAAGGUCAGUGUGUCAGAGAUCUGGAAGCUGCAGCGGCAGGAAGGCCCGCUGCUGAUCCUGGGCUUCCUCAUGGGCAUAAACGCCGGCGCGGUGUUCUCGGUGUUCCCGCUGCUGCUGGGGCAAGCCGUGGAGGUGUACUUCGACGCCGACACCUCCAAGAUGAAGCGGCAGGUGGGUGCUCUGGCCAUGGCCGUGGUCGGCCUCGGCGUGGCGUGCAUCCUGACCAUGACGGGGCAGCAGGGGCUGUGCGGGUGGGCGGGCGCCCGGCUCACGAUGCGCGUCCGCGACCGCCUGUUCCGCGCCAUCAUGCGGCAGGAGCCCGGGUGGUUCGACGAGGAAGACAAUGCGAUGGGCAUCCUGGUGACGAGGCUGGCACGGGACGCCGUGGCGUUCCGGUCCAUGUUCGGGGACAGGUACGCCGUGCUCCUCAUGGCCGUGGGCUCCGCCGGCGUGGGGCUCGGCAUAUGCUUCGCGCUGGACUGGCGGCUCACGCUCGUCGCCAUGGGCUGCACGCCCCUGACGCUCGGCGCCAGCUACCUGAACCUGCUCAUCAACGUCGGGGCCAAGACGGACGACGGCGCGUACGCGCGGGCCAGCAGCAUCGCCGCGGGCGCCGUGUCGAACGUGCGCACGGUGGCCGCGCUGUGCGCCCAGGGCAACAUCGUCGGCACCUUCAACCGGGCACUGGACGGCCCCCUGUCCAAGGCCCGUCGGAGGUCGCAGGUCAUGGGCGUCAUCCUCGGCCUCUCCCAGGGCGCCAUGUACGGCGCCUACACGGUGACGCUCUGGGCCGGCGCUCUCUUCAUCAAGAGGGACCUGUCCAAGUUCGGCGACGUGUCAAAGAUCUUCCUCAUCCUCGUGCUGAGCUCCUUCUCCGUCGGCCAGCUGGCCGGCCUCGCCCCGGACACGUCCGGCGCGCCGGUGGCCAUCGCCGGCAUUCUAUCCAUACUGAAGCGGCGUCCGGCGAUCAGCGACGAGAACGGCAGCGGCAAGAGGCGAACAAUCAAGAACGGGAGGCCCAUCGACGUGGAGCUGAAGAGAGUGGUGUUCGCGUACCCGUCGCGGCCGGAGGUGACGGUGCUGAACGAGUUCUCGGUGCGCGUGAAGGCGGGGAGCACGGUGGCGGUGGUCGGCGCCAGCGGGAGUGGCAAGUCGACGGUGGUGUGGCUGGUGCAGCGCUUCUACGACCCGGUGGAUGGGAAAGUGAUGGUGGGCGGCAUCGACGUGCGGGAGCUGGACCUCAAGUGGCUCCGGGGGGAGUGUGCCAUGGUGGGACAGGAGCCAGCUCUGUUCAGUGGAUCCAUCAGGGAGAACAUCGGCUUCGGCAACCCAAAGGCUUCGUGGGCCGAAAUCGAAGAGGCUGCCAAGGAGGCCAACAUCCACAAGUUUAUUGCUGGGCUACCACAAGGCUAUGAUACUCAGGUCGGAGAGAGUGGGGUCCAGUUGUCAGGAGGGCAGAAGCAGAGGAUCGCCAUCGCACGAGCAAUCCUGAAGCAGUCCCGGAUUCUGCUUCUGGACGAGGCCAGCAGCGCGCUGGACCUGGAAUCCGAGAAGCACGUGCAGGAGGCCCUGAAGAAAGUGUCACGGCGUGCGACGACGAUCGUGGUGGCGCACCGCCUGUCCACGAUCCGCGAAGCCGACCGCAUCGCCGUCGUCACCAACGGGAGGGUCGCCGAGUUCGGCAGCCACCAGGAGCUCCUAGCGACCCAUUGCGACGGCUUGUACGCCGCCAUGGUUAAGGCAGAGGUGGAAGCGCAGGCAUUCGCAUAG